AUGCCGGUUGUAGCGGGUGAUCCGAUACCAGUCCUAUUUGUCCUGCAAACUUGUAAACCCGGACUAGGUGCUGGCUCGAAGUUGACAGACGAGAAACACGCAAUUUGUGCGAUGUGGUUGAUCGCAAAGGUGGCGCAGAGUGAUAACGGUUUUUGUGAGACAAUUACUACUUGCAUAGGCUCACAGCGCCUGAAAGAAUUGCUGGAGAACCAGACAUUCGAGCAUGAUCCAGUAACAUUCAUCUUCAAAGAAAUCACAAAACUGGAGGGCGAAGCAACAGCGAACAAUCGCAAGGCGAAGCUUAUCUUCCUUUUUGAAUGGAAUAUCAAGUUAGAUUUUGAAGCUGAAGUAUCUGGAUCAGAGAUGCCAUACAAAGGCUCGAUCGCAAUACCAAAUUUGAGUGACGAGAAUGAGGCAGAUGAAGUUGACGUAUGUCUUUUUGCUUGUUACUUCGAUACAUCCCAGCGGAUGUUGCUUAUUUUGUACUACUACUGCCUGAUAAGUUCCCAGACCCGCACUAAGCCCAUCCUUUACCCCUGGCGAAUUUCGUAG